AAAUUAACCAUGACUACAGCUGCACCGGGUUGUGCAAAUAAACUGGAUGUAACAAGUUUGAAACAUUACACCAUCAACUUUUUGUCUCGAUUAUCAUAUUGUCUUAAUCUAUCGUCCGUGUCACUUCCGAUUGUCAUUAAUUGCUUUCGCUAUCAGAUAUAACACCAUGCAAUUUGUGUAUUUGUUUUAACUAUGAAAACAUGACAGAAACUGCUGAAUCAGUAUCAGAACAAAAAUCAUUCGAUCCAUUUAUUCCAUGGGGUUUUCCAAAUGAAUUAAAUUUAUGUAAAGCAGCACGUCAUGCUGAUAUAAAAGCUGUAAGCAAAUGUAUUGCAAAUGGAGUGAAUAUAAACUUUAUUGAUGGUUUUGGUAAAACAGCAUUACACUAUGCAGCCGCAAGUAAACAUGUUUAACAUUUCGUAAUUCUUGAUUUACUUUUCCCUUCAAAAAAUAUAUCUCAAAUUAAAUAACAGAUGGAAGUUACGAAUCAGUGAAACUUCUUGUCGCUAAUAAAGCGAAUGUAAAUAUAUGGGAUUCAAAUGGAACUACACCAUUACAUAUGGCCGCUAAAGGAAAUCAUACAAGAGUAGUGAAAUUCUUACUUAUGUCUGGGGCAGAUAUUAAUCAUCAAUGUAUUAGUGGCGUCAAACCAAUCGACUUAGCAAUUUACAAUUCCGAAACUUGGAAAGUUUUAUUGGACGCUGCAAACGGCGAUCUACCUAAAAUUGAACAUUUAAUACAAACACGUACAGUUCCUCUAAUUCCCCAAUUUACAAUACAACGAGAAAUUGAUAAACAAGCAAAGGCGAAUGAAAAGAAAGGUGGAACGAAGAAAAGUGGAAAGAAGAGUGGAAAAAAAAGUGGUAAAGGCAAAAAGAAGAAAUGAUCAAUUUGUCCAAGAUUAUGUGAAAAUUUAAAGUACUUCUACUGUCUUGCUUACAUUCAUACAUACAUUAUAUACCUGUACAAUAUGGUAUACAUAUUAAUAAAAUCUAUUAUUACAAA